AGGGCAUAGAAAAUAGGUGCAGGAGGAGGCCGUUCGGCCCUUCCAGCCAGCACCGCCAUUCAUUGUGAUCACGGCAGAUCAUCCCCAAUCAAUAACCCGUGCCUGCCUUCUCCCCAUAUCCCUUGAUUCCACUAGCCCCUCCAGAUCUCCAGAUAGAAGAAAUGGGUGAUGUUUCGGGUCGAGACCCUUCUUUAGACUGAGAGUCAGGGGAGUAGGAGACACAAAGAUAAGGAAGCGUAAGGUGUGAAAAUGUGAUAUCAAAGGGGAUGAGGUUCAAGGAAAAUGUAGAAUGGUUCAUUGUUAGCUAGGAGAAGGUGCCAACAAGGCAUACAAAGAUAAAAUUCUAUCAGGAGAACAGUCAGACUGGUCGGAGAACUUGGAUGGGGGAGAGAUGGAGUGAGAGGGAAAGCAUGGGUUGCUUAAAGUUAAAGAUGUCAAUAUUUUGCCCCAGUAAAAUAUGAGGUGGUGUUCCUCCAAUUUGCCUUUUCACCUGCAGGGAAAGCGAAUAGUAUUGGCACUUCACACCUGUAAGAAUGUGGCCAAUGUAAUAAGUGGAAAUGGGCUAAAUCGACAAUGAUAGCUAUACAACUGUCGUGAAAAGAGAUUUAUUUUUAUUCCUGGUGAGUGCUGAGAGCGAUAUUGUCCAAGUCCAAGCCAAAAUGUUUUGUGUGGCAGUGUCCUCUGCAUUAGAGUAAUAUCCUUAUAUUAACAGUGUAAUAGCUGACUGGACUAUAUGGAUGAAUUAUGUUAGUAAUGUUGUGGACAAUGUCUGUGCCAAUGUGUUAAGUAGUGGGAUUGUUUAUACCAUUUCAGAAUACCAAUAUGCUUGUGAUCACAGAAAUAAGUAGAUGUGGAAAGAAAUAGAAAAACACAUUGCUAUAGGCUUCACACAAUGCUUAUGGCCUUUGAAAUGACAAGGGACAAAGUGUAGUUCAGUAGCAUUUUACUCUGGUUGCUAUAAGGAUGGUAAGGUACCUUAAUCCUAUGGUGUUCUUGAUGAGAGCUGUUCAUCUUCCUAUGUUGUAAAGUGGAGUUCAUGACAGUCUUCACCAACCACUAUACUCAAUUACUACCAACACCACCUGCCCCCAAUACUCCCAACCAACCACUUGUUGCACUAAAUGCUCCUAUCACCAAGGUCAUAAGUGAUAGGAGCAGAAUUAGGCUAUUCGGCCCAUCAAGUCUACGCCGCCAUUCAUUCACGGGUGAUCUACCUCUCCCUCCGAACCCCAUUCUCCUGCCUUCUCCCCAUAACCCCUGACACCUGUACUAUUCAAAAACCUAUCCUUCUCUGCUUUAAAAAUUGACUUGGCCUCCACAGCCUUCUAUGGCAUAGAAUUCCACAGAUUCACCACCCUCUGACUAAACAUCCUUUAAUUCUGAGGCUAUGACCUCUAGCCCUAGACAAAAAUCUAUCUAUCUCUGCCUUAAAAAAACCCAACUGACUUGGCCUCUCCAGCUUUCAGUGGCAAAGCAUUCCACAGAUUCACCACCCUCUGACUAAAUACAUUUCUCCUCAUCUCCUUCCUAAAAGAACGUCCUUUAAUUCUUAGGCUAUGACCUCUAGUCCUAGACUCUCCCACUUGUGGAAACAUCCUCUCCACAUGCACCCUAUCCAAGCCUUUCACUAUUCGGUACAUUUCAAUGAGGUGCCCCCUCAUCCUUCUACACUCCAGUGAGUACACGGCCCAGUGCCGUCAAACGCUGAUUCCACGGUAUAGAUUCCCACAGUAUAGAAUAAAUUUAAGCACUAGAAGCUACGCAAAUUAUUCCAUUCAUCCCGUUUGCAUUUUGUACUGGUCUACACAGCAAACAUCAGAAUGAGCUGGCGUUUUUCCAUCAGUUCAUUUUAUUUUGAUACAAAUUCAGGUCUCAUGAGCUAACAUGUAAAAGCAAUAACACAUCAAAACUCUGGAGUUUAAACAUGCUGAAGGUCUCAGCCUUUCCAGAGAGGCGAAGUGUGGAGUCCUGAACUGCCAAGAUCCACAAGCCGGUUGUGGGAACUCAGGCCAACUGGUGCUCUGUAAUGUAAACCAGCUGCCAGCGACACACAGGCCCCAUUUGCAUUUCUACGCGUGCUUCAAAAGCAAAGUGUUCAUUUUUAGCAUUCUUUGCUCAAUUGGCUUAACGCUGGAUUAGAAGGGGACUUGAACAGAGCCAGGUGCCGCUCACUUCGUGAUCAGGGUCCUGGAGAUCUGGGGGGACAGAAACUGGGAAGGGGUGGAGGAAGUCCAUCUGCUUUUCUCGAGUUCAAAUCCCGUCGCUCCGCAGAGCUGACAGGGGCUCGUUAACAGAGAGAGAGAGAGAGAGAAAAGGGAAACACAAACUGUUUGUCCAAGCAACGUCAGUUCUUUGGAUUUCGAUCUACUUUUCAGGAAUAUUCAACAGUUGCAACAGAAGAUCAGGAUGCUGGCAGCAUUAGCACUGGCAGUGGUGUGGAUCAGAGCUGGAUUGGCACAGGAGGUGGAUUCUGCAGUGUCAAUUACGCAGUGCUCCGAUGGCUAUCGUCUAGACCGCUCGUCGGGACAAUGCAGAGAUAUCAAUGAGUGCCAAACUAUCCCAGAUGCCUGCAAAGGGGACAUGAGGUGCAUCAACCACAAUGGUGGAUACCUGUGCUUGCCAAGGACUGCGUCACUCCUAGUACCAAAUGGACCAUCCAACCCAACCUACCCAGUGUCUUCCCAAUCGGGAUAUUCGGAGAUGGCAAGUCCCUCUGUCUACCAGCCGGCCUCCAUUCCCAGAUAUCCUAUUCCAUCGAGAUCCCUGAUCUGCCGUUUUGGUUACACUGUGGAUAGCAACAACAAUUGUGCAGAUGUUGAUGAAUGCACGGCAGGAACGCACCAAUGCAACCCGUCGCAGAUCUGCAUCAACACGGAGGGAGGCUACAGCUGUUCCUGCACGGAAGGCUACUGGUUGGCAGAUGGACAGUGCAUGGACAUCGAUGAGUGUCGCCAUGGAUACUGCCAGCAACUGUGCGCCAACAUUGCUGGCUCCUAUUCCUGCCAGUGCAAUUCCGGGUUCCUCCUGAAUGCCGAUGGGAGGUCGUGCCAAGAUGUGGACGAGUGCUCUGGAGAGAAUCCUUGUGGUCAACAAUGCAUCAACACCUAUGGCUCUUUCCUUUGUCGCUGUGACACUGGGUACGAAUUAAACUCAGAGGGAAUGGGCUGCUCUGAUAUCAAUGAAUGCAGCUUCUCUGAGUUUCUCUGCCAACACCAAUGCGUGAAUGAGCCGGGCGAUUACUACUGCAUCUGUCCAGAGGGCUACACCAUGUACAGUGACAACAGGAGCUGUCAAGAUAUCGAUGAGUGCGAAACGGGUAACAACACAUGUACGGAAGAACAGAUCUGCAUCAAUAUCCCAGGGACGUACAAAUGUCUGGACCCGGUGCAAUGCCAGGAUCCUUACAUACAACUGAAUGAAAAUCGCUGCAUGUGCCAUGCAGAUAAUCCUGGUUGUUCAGAUCAGCCGUUCACCAUCCUUUACAAAUACAUGGAUAUUGUGUCAAGCAGGAGUGUACCCUCAGACAUCUUCCAGAUGCAGGCCACUGCUCGGUACCCUGGAGCCUACUACAUCUUCCAGAUCAAGUCUGGGAAUGAAGGCAGAGAGUUCUACAUGAGGCAAACCGGGCCAGUCAGUGCCACUGUGGUGAUGACCCGUCCAAUUCAAGGACCUCGAGAUGUCGUGUUGGAUCUGGAAAUGGUCACCGUCAACACCGUCAUCAACUUUCGAGGGGGCUCGGUGAUCAGACUGACAAUCUAUAUAUCUGAGUACACGUUUUAAAGCCCUGAGGUUUCCCAGGGCCAAGUGGCUCUCCAAAUGAUGUCCGUUUUGUGAGUGAAUGUUUCUCUGAUGUUGCUAAGGCAGAAAGGUGCUUUCGAUAAUAUAUUGCAACUGUGUAGAUUCUUAAUUCUGUCUGCUUUUUUUUUCCAGCUGGGUCAGAGCUAUUGUAAAACUGCCCAUGAAUAGAGAUGCAAGGCCUUCAUGCUGCGAUAUAUACAGGAAGGCAUUGUGAUGUUCCUAGCCCUUGUUAGUCCAUCAAUGAGAAUAACAGCGUGUGAAAGGCAAAGGAGAAUCAAUUGUCAAGGGCGAUUUUUUAAAUAUAUAUAUUGGAGUUUCGUGAUAUAGCUGGCACUGCUAAGGCCACAUUUUUUUCUGUCCAUCACUCGUUAACAAGAUGGUUAGUUUGUCCUCUCUGCAAUUGCUGUGGUCCUGAUGUAUUCAAGAGAGAGUUAGAUAUAGCUCUUGGGGCUAACAGAAUCAGGGGAUAUGGGGAGAAAGCAGGAAUGGGGUACUGAUUUUGGAUGAUCAGCCAUGAUCAUAUUGAAUGGCGGUGCAGGCUCGAAGGGCCGAAUGGCCUACUCCUGCACCUAUUUUCUCUGUUUCUAUGUUUCUACGAAAGUUAAAAAAACAACCUUGAUGGGAUUAGUUAGGUAAUUCCAGGGAUUUGACCUAGAAGCAAUGAAAGAACGGAGAUACCAACACAGUGGCAGAAUACAAUGACAAGGCUAGGGUGUGCUUUUAAAGGUUUUAGUCCAAGGCUUUGGACUGCGAAGAACAGAAAGAUAAAUUCCUCUCAUUUGUGAGAUUAUCCGUGUCGACAUAACACUGCAAUCUCCCCACUCCCAUCUCCAUGCUCAAUCCUUGGAUGCAUUCUCAAAUUGAAGGGUUGGCUUGAUAAAUUGUGGACUUUGUUUUAUUCAGUUUAAUUCCAUUUGGAGAUACAGCAUGGAAACAUGUUCUACGGUCUACCGAGUCCACGCCGACCAGCAAUGAUCCCAGACGCGAGUUCUAUUCUCCACAUUAGGGACCAUUUACAGAAGCCAAUUAACCUACAAAACCUGCACGUCUUUGGAGGAUACCGGAGCACCCGGAGAUAACCUACGUGUUCUAAGGGAGAGAAGGAAAAUGUAAAGUCCAUCACCAGUGCUCCAAAACCUGAAGCUUUGGUGGAGGUUUAGUUUAGUUUAGAGAUACAGUGAGGGAACUAGGUCCAUCGGCCCACCAAGUCUGCGACAACCAACAACCAACCAACAUGCUAGUUCUAUCCUGCACAUCAGGGACAAUUUACAGAAGACAAUUAACCUACAAACCCGCAUGUUUUUGGAAUGUGGGAACUAACUGGAGCACCAGGAGAAAACUGAGGCAGUCACGGGGAGAAUGUACAAACUCCGUACAGACAGCACCCGUAGUCAGGAUCGAACCCAGGUCUCUGGCGCUGUGAGGCAGCAACUCUACUGCUGCGCUUUCGUGUCGCCAAUAUGCUCAUAGAAAAAUUGUCGUUUUUUAAGCUUGCCGGUAUAAUGUACCAUACUCAGAUCAUUGGGAGCAUUUUAACAAGGCUCACCCAUUAUUAAAGAUGCUGUAGCUUGAAGAAAUCCGUGCACAAUGCUAUGGGAGAACUUUAUCAUCUUGUUAUUCUAAUCUGCAUUAGGUUGACUGAAGGAACAGUAGAAGCAGACCUGAUGGCUUAAAAAAAAAUUAAAUAGAAAAUAUUUUUUGCAUUGAGGGGAAUAGCAAAUGCAAGUAGCUGGUUUACUCCUUCAGAUACCCAGAGCAGAUACAAUGUGUCUUUAUUGUAUGGCAUGAGGGAUAUACAGAAACAUACAGAAUAGUGAAAGGCUUGAAUAGAGUGGAUGUGGAGAGGAUGUUUCCACUAGUGGGAGAGUCUAGGACUAGAGGUCAUAGAAUAUUCUUUUAGGAGAGAGGUGAGGGGAAAUUUCUUCGGUCAGAGGGUGGUGAAUCUGUGAAAUGCUUUGCCACAGAAGGCUGUGGAGGCCGUCAGUGAACAUUUUUAAGGCAGAAAGAGAUAGAUUCUUGAUUAGUACGGGUGUCAGAGGUAAUGGGGAGAAGGCAGGAGAAUCGGGUGAAGAGGGAGAGAUAGAUCAGCCAUGAUUGAAUGGCGGAGAAGACUUGAUGGGCCGAAUGGCCUAAUUCUACCCCCAUCACUUAUGACCUUGUGAGGUUAGGGAGGGAGAACCAAUGUCCACUAAUAUCUGUUACUAAUAUAUGUUUGGCCUGCGAUUAAAAAUUCAGAAAUCGGAUAAUUGCAUGUAAUAAAUGUCAAAUGCAAUGGUGUUAUUCGUAAUAUGAUAACAGGCCUCUGAUGCUACUCCAUACACCGUGACACCUCUACCGCCUUAUUUGCUUGACUUUAAGCCCACACCCAUUGCUUUCCUGCAUCUUUAUUUUCAUUUUUUUUAACCACAUUAAUCACAGAAACCUGGUGCCACCCUUUAAAAGUCUCGGAUACACUGAGAAACUGGAUCAUGUGUUCGGUGACUCAUAGAAAGCUCAAUGACUAAAUAUAUUAUUUUACCACCAUUAUUUCAUGCUGCCUCGGGCAUUAACAAGUGGCCUAGAUCCUGGAAUAACUCAAAGACUGAAGUCAUUGAAGCUAGAUAGGUUAAACUAACUGAAUAAUUACCCCCUCCACGCCCUUAGAGAAUUUAAUUUCACCCAACUAACAAUGUAUUCUUAAUGUCCUAAAUGUGUCAAUUUCCUUUAGUUCUCCCUCUCAUCUGAUACCUUUUACAAGUUGGUUUUGAAAUUGUGAAGCAGCAACACUAACAAUAGCUUGCAGUAAUGAACCACCUCUAAAGUAAUGAAAUGUUCUAAGACAUUUAACAGCAUUGUUGAGAAGUGACAUAUUUGGCAGCGAUAUCAGGGCUGGCGAACAAAGGCUCGGACAAAGGGAUAGAUUUAUCAGAACCUCUAAAAACCCGCUGAGUAGAGACGAAUAGUUGGAGGAUGUGAUUUCCAGAGCUUUUGGUGCUGAAAACAUGGUUUCCACUGAUCGGCUUUCUUAAAUCAGCAUUACGCAUGAGUUCUUAGAAGGUUUAUGGGUGUGUGAGAUUCAAUUCAAUGAUACCUUCAAUUAUAGUUUCUCGUCGCAUGCACCUAGUGAUUGUUCAAUUUUUUUAUUGCAUACAAUCCGGUAAGAUCGUACAGCAGACCUCCCCUAGGCAGUGCACAAAGAUGUUUCUGGUGCCGACAAAGCUUCAAACGUUCUUACAUUCUGGCAGCAGCGAACCAGACAGUAGAAAACGAGGAGAUUGGUAUAGGGGAUGCAUGGAUAGUGAUAGGGAGCAAGACUAUUGACGUCACAGAGUGCUGGAGUAAUGUCAAGCAGCAUCUCUGGAGAACAUGAAUAGGCAACAUUUCGGGUUGAGAUCCUUCUUCAGAGGUGCUGUCAGAGCUGCAAGCACAAUGUCGUUUAGAGAUACAGUAUGGAAACAGGACCUUCGGCCCACCGGAUCCUCACCGAUCAUCAAUCACCUAUUCACACCGGUUGUAUGUUUUCCCACUUUCCCAUCCACUCCCUACACACUAGGGGCAAUUUACAGAGGGCAAAUGACCUAGAAAACCCGCCCGUCUUUGGGAUGUGGGAGGGAACCAGAGAACCUGGAUGAAACUCACGGGUUCACAGGGAGAACCUGCGAACUCCACACAGACAGCCAAAGUCAGGAUCAAACCUGGGUCUCUGGUGCUCUACCAACUGCACCACUGUGCCAUCCUGUGCCUGAGACCUGGAGCAAGAAAAUUAAAGGCAAUUGGAGUUUUGAAGUUAUGGAGUUUUGCCCAGGUUUACAUGUAGCAUAAUAAAGGCAGAGCAUUUUAAUAAUCGUAACCAGAGCUAAUAAGGUCAUGGAUAAGUGCUUCCAGUAGGAUUCGAGCCAAGGCAAUGAUAGGGUUGGGCAAUGUUUCGGGGACACAAGUGAACUUAUAAUGAUGUCCAAGUUAGCAUCAGACAGUUUUCUGAUUUGGGACUGAAUGGCCAGGGAGUUGAAUGAGUGACAGGGUCCAAAGGGAAUGGCUUCACACUUCACUGUAUUUAUUUGUAGUGGACUUGCCAUUCAGUAUCAGCUACACAGGGUGGCAAAUCUGAGACAGAACCAAGAAGGGUGCUGGAGAAGUGUCAUCAAUGGACACAUGAAACCUCAAUAUUAUGCCUUUGAAUGACAUCAGUAAAUAUUGGUGGGCAUGUGAGAUGCUGAAGAGUGGAUCCCUGCUGGUAAUCUGAAUCUAAUGACAAAGGAGCUUUGUGGAGGAUUCCAUGGUUGCAAUUGGGUAAAGAUCAAACUAGAACCGAAUAGUCCCACCUGACUUUGGAAGAAGGAGUGCUUCAACUCUGCUGAAGACUGCAGAUGGGACAAAAAGAUCCGGGAGGAUAGCUUACCACUGCCAAGGUUGCAAUGAAUGAUAUUCAUUACAGGUCCACCACCGAUUUUCCAGUAACCGGCGCCGGCAGAUCCGUUCCCAUUGCCGACAUCUGCAGCCAGCUUUGCGGACCGGUAUCUCGGUCGGCCCCCCCUAAGACAGUGACCUCCGUUGGUCCGGCAAAACGGAUAAUCCAGAAAGGCUCUGGAACCAAGAGGACCUGUACUUUGAUGAGCUGUUUCACAAUGUUGUGAUGUGGCCAGUUCCUUUGAUCUCUCCCUCCUUUAAAAACGACAGAAUAUUGGCCAGGAUAUAAUAAGGUGCAUUAGUAAUAAAAAAUAUACCUGAAAUGUUGAAUUUGUAAAGUUCAGAAUGUGAUUUUUAAUUCAUAAAACUGUUUAUAUUAUAAAACUGUGUGUGAAUCUGUCUUUCUUUAAUGAUGGUAUACGUGUAAGAUAUGUGGCCAUAAAGUUUGUAAACCUCUCCCA